UCGCCAUCUCCGUAAGUAAAGAUGUCAACCGUCGCCGCCCGCUGUUUCCUGCGCUCUGCCGCAUCACGAACGGUGAACUUUGCCGCCGGUGGCAAGUCAAGACCCACCCGAUCUCCGUUUCGGGUGCCGAAGCAAAGUUCACUCUCUAACCGCAUUUUCAGGUCGCCGCCGCCGGCAAUGAGUUGCUGCGUUGAAUCGAUGCAGCCGUAUCACAUGGCCACGGCUUCCGCAUUGCUGACUUCGAUGCUCUCCGCUUGCCCCCGCUCUUAUGGUUGGACUCAUGAAGGGCAACAGAAGACUAGAUGAAGAUCGAGCAUGCAUCACUGAUUCUGUCACUUGGAUUUGUUUCAAAUUUUUGGUUUUCAAGUAUUGAGAAAUGUCUCUUUUUUAUAUUAGAUUAGAGAGCAGGAUUUCUAAAUUGAAUGCAAAUUAAAAUGAUGAUCACAUUCUCACAAAAUGGAUCCGCUGCCCUGGUCAUAUAAAUUGGUCUUGCAACAUCUUAUAGAGAGAACCUUUUUUGGUGAACUAUAGAGAGAACCUUUGCCCUUGGCAGAGUUACUAUGGAUUUCAGAUGAAAAUUGUCACCCUAGUCUAGUUCAUUAAUAAUGUUUUGAAAUCAACUUGCAGUGAUAUAGGUUGUUUAUUUUGGAAAGUAGGAUAGUUUUAAGAUUUUUCUAGCUGCUGGCAUGUCAAGCUUUUGAUUAUUUUGUGCAUAUAUGACCUCUGGAUAUAUUGAGUAAUUGUUUUAGCAAGAGAGAUACUGAGUAAUCAUAUUUAUGGAUUCACGACAUUUGAUUUGAACUGGACCACACUGAAUGAAUUUU